AUGCCUCAGUACGCUACGCGAGACGGCGACACGGCGCAGUUCAGAAGAAACAAACAGUCCAUGGCCGAUCUCAAGCUGCGCAGGUUGACCGAGCUUAACAACCGUCUGCGCGAAGAUCUUGACCGCGAGCGCAUCCCUGUCAGCACUGCUUCAAGGAGCAUCAUCGCCUACUGCAACGGCACGAGAGAUUACAUGGUGCCCUCGGUUUGGGGCUCCGUCGCAAAGGGCGAGGACCCCUAUGCCCCCCAACAAUCUGGUGGCUGCUGUAUCGUCAUGUAA